AUAUAAUUAAUUGUAAAAAUUUUCCAAAUUUUGGUAUCAAAAAGCACGAAAUCCAGGGCGGGGAAUCAUGGCCGCUGUCCUGAGGAGGACAAAGCGUAAAGAUCCCAGAGACAAAUGUGUCCAAGAGAAAGAGCGUCAGUCGUAAGCAGCAAAAGAGUCAGCCGCUAUACCCAUAAGCCACACACUGACCCAUCUUUGAGAAAAUUCAUAGACUUUUAAACCCAUCUUUGAGAAAAUUUUAAGGCUCUCAUCGUUUUCACCGGCUUUUAAUUGCGUAUUUUGCCGCAAUUUUAUGCUGUCUUAUCAGAAAUCAGAAAGAUAAUUAAAACCCAUUUAAAUAUUCGGCAGAAAGUGUUUGUAUUCUGCUUUGUCGUUGAAAAAUUGAAACCAUCGCUGGUGCGUUUGCUUUUUUUCUCUUCUCUGAGAGACUCGGAGAGAGUGCAAUGCUCCCAAGCUGAGAUUAUCAACAGAAAGAUUGAGUUGAGAAGUUGAGAGAGAGAGAGAAAGAUGGUGGUGAGGAAAGUGGGUAAGUAUGAGGUCGGGAGGACGAUCGGAGAAGGGACAUUCGCCAAGGUGAAGUUUGCGCAGAACACUGAGACGGGUGAGAGUGUCGCCAUGAAAGUGCUGGAUCGCACUACCAUCAUCAAGCACAAGAUGGUCGACCAGAUCAAGAGAGAAAUAUCUAUAAUGAAGCUUGUCAGGCAUCCCUAUGUUGUUCGUCUGCAUGAGGUUCUAGCUAGCCGUACUAAGAUUUAUAUAAUUUUAGAGUUCAUUACCGGUGGGGAAUUGUUCGAUAAGAUUGUUCAUCACGGACGUCUUAGUGAAGGUGAAGCCAGGCGAUACUUCCACCAGCUAAUUGAUGGGGUCGAUUAUUGCCACAGCAAGGGAGUAUAUCACAGAGACUUAAAGCCGGAAAAUCUGUUGCUUGAUUCUCUAGGAAAUUUAAAAAUUUCAGAUUUUGGUCUGAGUGCAUUGCCAGAACAAGGAGUCAGCCUCCUUCGAACGACCUGUGGGACCCCGAACUAUGUAGCACCUGAGGUACUUAGUCACAAGGGGUAUGAUGGUGCCGUGGCAGACGUUUGGUCCUGUGGGGUCAUCCUUUAUGUUCUGAUGGCAGGUUAUCUUCCAUUUGACGAGCUUGACCUCACCACACUAUAUAGUAAGAUUGAGAAAGCAGAGUUCUCAUGCCCAUCUUGGUUUCCAGUGGGAGCAAAAUCCUUGAUUCAUAGAAUUCUAGAUCCGAACCCUGAAACUCGUAUUACAAUUGAGCAGAUCAGAGAUCAUGAGUGGUUUCAGAAAAAUUAUGUGCCUGUCAGAUCGUUUGAAUAUGAAGAUGUAAAUCUGGAUGAUGUAAAUGCUGUUUUUGAUGAUGCCGACUCUGAGCAGGAACAAAGGGUUAGUGAGCACCGUGGCAAUGAAGACAUGGGUCCUUUAGUUCUGAAUGCAUUUGACUUAAUAAUUCUAUCUCAAGGCUUAAACCUAGCAACAAUGUUUGACCGUGGCAAGGAUUCGAUGAAGUAUCAGACACGCUUUGUUUCACAAAAGCCAGCAAAGGUUGUAUUAUCCAGUAUGGAGGUUGUUGCUCAAUCAAUGGGUUUCAAGACACACAUUCGCAACUAUAAGAUGAGAGUGGAGGGUCUUUCAGCAAAUAAGACUUCUCAUUUCUCCAUCAUUCUUGAAAUUUUUGAAGUUGCACCGACCUAUUACAUGGUAGACAUUCAGAAAGCUGCUGGAGAUGCUAGUGAAUUCCUCAAGUUUUACAAGAACUUCUGUAGCAAUCUUGAGGAUAUCAUCUGGAAACCGCCUACUGAGUCUAGCAAAUCAAGGGUCAGCAAGAGUAAAAGUAAAAAGCGUUGAUCUCGUUCACGUACGUCAUCUGCUUUCGGUCCAGUGUCGGUGCUUGACAUGUAGUUUGCAACGGUUUUGACCUUUGAGGGCAUGGGGUGUGAAAGUUCUAGUCGCAGUUUACCUAAUCCCUCCUGGAAUCUCCUUCCCUAUGACACUGCUGCCCCUGAAAGAGGGAAAGAAAGAAUCCAGAAGGAAAAAUAAUAUUAGAUAGAUGUAUUUAUUUUUGUUUGUAGUGUGUAAAGUUUUACUGUGUUAAUAUUUUCUCCUUGCUUUGUUUAGUAAACUCGCGUUUUGUAUAUUCUGCACCCUGAAAUUGUUGCUUUUAUAUCACCUAUAGUUAUGGCUGG